AUGGAAAAAGGAAAUACACCGGCUUCAAGUCAUUCAUUGGCUAAUUCAAUUUCAAAUUCAGGACCAAUAUCAAUAGUUGCAUAUUGUUUAUCAUCAAUUUUAAUGACAAUUACAAAUAAAUAUGUUGUUUCUGGUUUUAAUUUUAAUUUAAAUUUUUUAUUAUUAGCUAUUCAAUCAAUUGUUUGUAUAAUAACUAUUGGAACUUUAAAAAGUUUAGGUAUUAUAAAUUAUAGACCUUUUAAUAAAGAUGAAGCUAAAAAAUGGUCACCUAUAGCAUUUUUAUUAGUUGGUAUGAUUUAUACUUCAUCAAAAGCUUUACAAUUUUUAUCAAUUCCUGUUUAUACAAUUUUUAAAAAUUUAACAAUUAUUUUAAUUGCUUAUGGUGAAGUUAUUUGGUUUGGUGGUAAAGUUACUACAAUGGCUUUAAGUUCAUUUUUAUUAAUGGUUUUUUCAUCAGUUAUUGCUUAUUAUGGUGAUAAUGCUGAUGUUAAAACUGCUGAUGAUGAAUUUUCUUUAUAUUUAGGUUAUUUUUGGAUGUUAACAAAUUGUUUUGCUUCUGCUGCUUUUGUUUUAAUUAUGAGAAAAAGAAUUAAAUUAACAAAUUUUAAAGAUUUUGAUACAAUGUAUUAUAAUAAUCUUUUAUCAAUUCCAAUUUUAUUAAUUUUAACAUUUGUUUUUGAAAAUUGGUCACCAGAAAAUUUAGAAAAAAAUUUCCCUGCUGAUAAUAGAGCUGCUGUUAUUAUUGCAAUGAUUAUUUCUGGUGCUUCAUCUGUUGGUAUUAGUUACUGUUCAGCUUGGUGUGUUAGAGUUACUUCAUCAACUACUUAUUCAAUGGUUGGUGCAUUAAAUAAAUUACCAAUUGCUUUAUCAGGAUUAGUUUUCUUUGCUGCAGCUGUUAAUUUUUGGUCAGUUUCUUCAAUUUUUGUUGGGUUUAUAGCUGGUUUAGUAUAUGCUGUUGCUAAACAAAAACAACAAAAAGAAUCUCAAACUUUACCAACUACUAAUAAGUAA